AGCCGGGCUGGUGGGCGCGUCGCCGGCGCCGCCGAGGAGGCCAAGGCCGCCGCCGCCGCCCUUUCCGGGUCCGCUGCGGCGGCGCUCCGAAGGAAGCCAGGGAGUGCCGCCCGCGUACCGGCCGGCCUGGCGCCGCUCUUCCCCGUGACCGCCCCGCUGGUGCUGCUGCUGCUGGGCCGCCGCCAGCACCGCCGGUGUUGGGGCUACCGCUACUACUCCGCCCCGCCGCAGCCGCCGCCUUGCCUCGUCUCCCGGCCCCUCCUCGCCGCCGCCCGCUGCCGGUCGCCGCCCGCCCCCGCCAUGCCCGGCCCGGCCGCCGGGAGCCGGUCCCGCGUCUACGCCGAAGUCAACAGCUUGAGGAGUCGCGAGUACUGGGACUACGAGGCGCACGUCCCCACCUGGGGUAAUCAAGACGAUUAUCAACUGGUUCGGAAACUCGGCCGGGGGAAAUAUAGUGAAGUCUUUGAGGCUAUAAACAUCACCAACAACGAACGAGUGGUUGUGAAAAUUCUUAAGCCAGUGAAGAAAAAGAAGAUAAAACGAGAAGUUAAGAUUCUGGAGAACCUGCGAGGUGGAACAAACAUCAUUAAACUGAUCGACACUGUCAAGGAUCCAGUGUCAAAGACUCCAGCUCUAGUGUUUGAAUACAUCAAUAAUACAGAUUUCAAGCAACUGUAUCAGAUCCUGACAGACUUUGAUAUUCGGUUUUAUAUGUAUGAAUUGCUCAAGGCCUUGGAUUACUGUCACAGCAUGGGAAUCAUGCACAGAGAUGUCAAACCUCAUAACGUCAUGAUAGACCACCAACAGAAAAAGUUGCGGCUCAUAGACUGGGGCUUGGCAGAAUUCUAUCAUCCAGCUCAGGAAUACAACGUCCGUGUGGCCUCGAGGUACUUCAAAGGGCCAGAGCUCCUCGUGGACUACCAAAUGUACGAUUAUAGCUUAGACAUGUGGAGCUUAGGCUGUAUGCUGGCCAGCAUGAUCUUCCGAAAAGAACCUUUCUUCCAUGGUCAAGACAACUAUGACCAGUUGGUUCGCAUUGCAAAGGUUCUGGGUACAGAUGAAUUAUAUGGUUAUCUGAAGAAGUACCACAUAGAACUGGACCCCCACUUCAAUGAUAUCUUGGGACAGCAUUCACGGAAACGUUGGGAGAACUUUAUCCAUAGUGAAAACAGACACCUGGUCAGUCCCGAAGUCUUGGAUCUUCUGGACAAACUCCUACGAUAUGACCAUCAACAGAGGUUGACAGCCAAAGAAGCUAUGGAGCACCCCUAUUUCUAUCCAGUUGUGAAGGAGCAGGCCCAGCCCAGCUCCGACAGCCCUGUGCUCUCCAGUGGCCUCACAGCAGCACGAUGAAGUUUGGGGGAACGACGGGUAAUUCCAGAGGUUUACAAAUACAAACACACCCUUCAGUCACCUAGGGAAGGGAUGAACCAAACCCCUGUAUGCUCUGCAGCAAGCCUCGUCUUGAAGGGGGUUAGGGCUUAGCCUCCCUCUCUCUCCAGCACUUACGGCUACCCAAACUUUCUCUCUGUGUUACUGAUCCAAACAGUUGUGCGAGAUUUACUUGGAUAAGCGGCUGUACCCCCACGGUCUGCACGACUGGCUCUGGGUUGAUUCUGCAGUUUCGUACUCUACCUUUCCCAGCCUACCAUUUUCUCUGUUCUUCCGUUGGGCAACAUUUCAGUUUCUCCCCUCCCACACACACUGGAAUGUAGCAUAUGCACCCCAUAGAGGCAAGCUCCUGUGGGGUCAGAUUCUACUUAAGUCAUAAGCAAAUUAAAGCCUGUAAGUGGUGGGUUUCACCUCUACUCUCUCCAGGUCUCACCCUGGCCCUCAUUUUCCUGUUUUUAAACCAGCAAGUCUUGGAAAUGGUUUUGAGUCGGUCAAAAGUACAUUCAAAGCAGGUAGCCAUUGGGGAGAAUCCUACUUCCUCCCUCUUCCAUUCCCUCUGGGGAAGUGCCUGCCUUAGCUGGAGGAAAGGUCAUUCUUUGAGACAGAAGGAGAGCUUCCUCUGGCGAGGCAUGUUAUUAUCGCUAGAAAAGCCAACCUGGUCAUUCCCAUCACUGUGCAAAAUUCAGAAUUGUGUUGAUUACAGCUGCUUUGACUAUGUGAAAGAGGCAAAGAGGAAGUGUUUGGGCAAGGAGACCAGUGGGGAAUUUUGGAAGCCAGACACGGAGGGGCUGUUCAGAAUUGGUGUGCAACAAUCUGCCAAGGGUUCAGAUCCCUAUAAGCAUUUUUACAUGCCCAGCCCAGUGUUGGAAUUGUUGGGGUAGAAUCCUCUGCUUUGGGGGAAUGGUGUGUAAGAUGCUCCUUUUGUUUUUCCAUUGGGUCUCGUCAUGAGCCCCAUAGUUCAACCCCACCUUUUGGGGGGAUUAUAUUGUGUGAUUCUGGUGACUUCAUAUACCUAAAUCCACA